ACUUUUUAUCGGCUGGAUUGCUGACUCUGUUCUUCUCAUCAUCAAGAAAUUAUGUACAAAAUGUGAAAUUGGAGAUGAGCCGAGUUAAUUAAAGGAUCUGCUACAUUAUAAAUUGGGUGCGGUAAUAAGGAGACGAUGAGGAUGCGUUCAGAUCCGGAAUAUUGAGAUUUUUAAUUUAUUUUGGAAGCCAAACGCUAAUCAAUUACCGGUACCGAGGACGAGUCGCUUAAUCUCUAACACUCCGGAUGCAUGCAUGACAAUCAAGACUGAAAAAUAGCCAAAUAAUGACUCACUCAUCCGUUUUAUCCUCGGUCAAAUUUGCACUAGUCGCCAUUCUAUGCUCCACAUUAAUCAAUCGAGGUUUUGGACAAAAAAGCGGAAAUCUUGUCCCAAUUAAGGAUGAUGAUGCAGAUCGAUCCACACUUCCAACAAUUUUAAUUGCAUGCCUUGUUAGAAAUAAAGCUCACACACUUCCAUACUUUUUGACAACAUUGGAAAAUCUUGACUAUCCUCAAGAUAGAAUUGCAAUUUGGAUUAAAAGUGACCACAAUGAGGACAACACCACUCAAAUUCUGAGGACCUGGGGACAGGAAGUUCAAGACUGGGGAUUGUAUCAUUCCGUAUCAAUUGAAAUUAUUGAUGGCCCACCAUUUCGACAAUCAGAUCAGGAAACUGCAUUUACAUGGUCUUCUAAACGAUUUCAAUUAAUUAUGAGGCUGAAAGAGGAAGCCGUCAAAGUGGCCAAAAAGAUUUGGGCAGAUUAUAUUUUUUUCAUUGAUGCAGAUGUUUUUCUCGUCAAUAAUCAAACCUUAAAGAAUUUGGUUGCAAAACAAAAGGACUUGGUUGCUCCGAUGCUUUUAUCUGGUGGAAUGUACAGUAACUUUUGGGGUGGGAUGAAAGACUACUAUUACGUUCGAUCAGAUAACUACAAAGACAUCCUCGACUCCAAGAUAACAGGAUGUUUCGAUGUCCCUUUGAUUCAUAGCGCCGUUCUUAUGAAUAUUCGGAAAAAGAAUCUCCCAAACUAUCACCCUGUAAGCGACGAACCCGAGGAUGACAUUAUUCGAUUUGCUGUUAGUGCUAAAGCCAAGGGAUUUACGAUGGAAGUAUGCAAUGACAUGGAGUAUGGCUAUGUUUUGUCGCCAAUGGAGGAUGAAAGCAGUUUCAAUGCGGAUAACAUACGCUUGCAAAAUUUACGGGUAGAAAUUGCUGUUUACUGGCCCGACGGACUUCCAGUAAGUGAUCUGUUGAAGCAGUUUGUUCAACAGCAAAAUCCGCCUUCAACAAUUGGAUUUGAUCAGACAUAUCUGAUCAACUUACAAAGACGACCUGAUAGAUUGCAGAAAAUGGAUCAUGCUCUUGAGAUUUUGGGAAUUGACUACACUUUAAUCGAAGCUGUAGAUGGAACAGAACUGACCGAGGAGACCUUGGAACAAUUAGGUAUCAAACAAUUAGAAGGGUAUCGAGACCCGUUCUCACAACGCUUGAUGACCUCGGGAGAAAUAGGAUGCUUCUUGAGUCAUUAUAAAAUUUGGGAACACAUGGUGAAAUUUCACGUGAAUACUGCCCUGAUUCUGGAAGACGAUGUUCGAUUCGAACCCUAUUUUGUGUACCAAGUACAACGCGUAUUUGAAGAAACUUCCAACAUUUUCCUCGACUGGGAUUUGAUUUAUCUUGGACGAAAAAGGUCCCAAAAUGCAAAGGAGCCUUGGGUAGAAAAUAGUCAGUAUCUCGUCCAUGUCGACUACUCGUACUGGACAUUGGGUUACGCUCUGACCUUACGAGGGGCAAAAAAACUUUUGGCAGCUAACCCCUUGGAAAAACUAGUCCCAGUUGAUGAAUACUUUCCCAUCAUGUUUGAUAAAUCAAACAACAUGACGUGGAAAAUGGCAUACGAGAAGAGAGAUUUGAAAGCAUUCUCGGUAGAACCCUUGUUGAUGUAUCCCACUCACUAUACGAAUGAGCCCGGUUAUAUUUCUGACACUGAACGAUCAUCGAUUCUUUUCCAACCAAACUGCACUCUCAAAAGAGAUGAGCUUUAAAAAUUUGAAUAUGUGAACUCAAUCAGAGCUUUCAUCCAUGAGGAAAUCUCCCGUUAUGAGAAUCUCUCUAUAAAUACACGCAACUAUUGUCAAUAAUCUCUGAUCUACGUAAACUUUGAACUGCCAAAUAUUUAAUAUCACCAUUGUGCCAUUACCAUUAUACAUAUAAGCUUUUUUAUUAGACUGAUUGUUUUUACCAGUGAAAGUUACCCAUGACCUUAAAUCUAAUAAUUUACUGACCAAUGUUUUUCAACCAGUAACAACCAACCAUAGUCAUUCAGCCACUAACUACUAACUCCACUAACCAAUUUUUACUUCAUUUGUUAUGUUUGAAAUAUUUUAAUAAAUGAAAAUGGUUUAAACCAAAAUA